GAACACAAAAAAUGUUAAAUAAAUGCAUAAUAAUAGUUUGGUUGCGUUUCAGUAACUUCUUCUACCUCCUCGCUCUUCUCAAAUUCAACUACGCUUUCUUUCCCCUCCUUAUAUCUCAACUACUUUAUCCUCUUCAUCAAAAUUCAAAAUCCCUAUUCAAUUUUUGACCUAAUUUCUUUCAAUCCAACCAAUUUCACGAAUGAAAUUCAUCAAUCCCUAUUUCCUUAGGUGAGAUUCAAAUCCACAAUUGCGGUUUGAAUUUGAAUUGAUUGAUGUCUGGUUCUUCUGAUGAAGAGAUCUCGAACGGUAAUCGCGAUGGUUACCAAAGAGGAGGAAGUGACGGCGAUGACGAUGAAGAUGAAGAAGAGUAUCGGAAGAAGAAGAAUCGUGGAAGAGUUGAUUUUGGUUUUGGUAAGAGGUUGGUACUUCGUCAAUUUACAAAAGCUAAGAAUCAAAUUCGGAGAGUCAGAAGCAGAAAGGCUCUUCUUUCGUCUUCGUCGUCGUUAACAGCGGCUUCGUCGAGGAAUGUGAAUGUGAGUAGUAGAGGUAAGGUGGUGAUUAUUCACGGUAAUGAUACUGAUAGUAGUAGUAAUACUGCUACUCGAAAUGGAUUUGGUUGUAAGUUUUGUUUUUCGCGUCCUAGUGUAUUGGAAAACCCUGAUGGGUCUCCUAGUAGUGACCCUAAUGAUCCGAAAUUUACUCAUUCUAUGUUGAAGAGUUUGAUAGAAAAUAAUGAUUUCUAUUCCAAAGAAUGCAAUACACUUAUUGAAUCUUUAAUUGAUUGAUUAGUAUUGUUGGAGAGUUUCAAUUCAAUUCCUUUAUCAACAAAAUGUUGGAUUUUGUUUCCUUAGGCUGUUUGGGGAUUUUCUCAUUGUUAGAUGGUAGAUAGAGUUUGUCUAAAUUGUUGGGUUUGUUCUAUGCUGCCUCAUUUUGAAGCUCAGAACACAUUGCGGUGUAACCUGCGGUCGUUAUCGUUUAGAGGAUUGUGGUCCAAUAAGUUGUGGGCAAGGCUGUUGUAGCCAUUGAGUAGUUACAUACUAUGAAUGGUUCUUAUAGAUAACAACAGAGGAUUGCUUAAUGAGUUGAGUGUGAAAUAGGUUGAUGAAGUUCGGAUUCCUUGAUAUUCAGGAACCUCUACUUGUCCUCAACUAAGAAGCGGUGUUUGUACAUAUUAAAGAGAAAUUUUUUGAACCCUGCCAUAUUCAUAAUCUAUUUGUGUUAUAAGUUUUUUGUUUAUUUAUUCAUGUACACUUAUUGUUCAUUGAUCCUAAUAGUGGUUUAAAAUACCGUCUUUAUUACAGUUGUCCAA